AUGAAGCAAGGGAAACUGUUUUGGUUUUUGGACGAACACGUGACGAUGAUGACGAAAAGCAGAGGGGUGAUCGACGCAGCGAGUGGGGAUUGCGUGUCGGUGAGAGGGGCGGAGGAGACGACCGGAGACGCGAACUCGUUCGAGAUUGUGACCAGGAACGGUGGGGUGAUGUAUUUUAUUUGUCCGAGCAGACAGGAGAAGGAGCAAUGGAUUAAUAGGAUCGGAAGGGCAAUCGUCAUUGGGCGAAGACAUAAUAAUUAA